GUGCAUCUGACUCUGCCCGCCCAUUACUCCCAAACGCACAGGCACCCUCCUCCCUCCCUGUCCACAGCCACCCGCUGUCUCUCAAGCUCCUCAGCGUUUUUCGCUCGAGUGGCGGUCGCAGCAAUGGCCGCGAAGAUGAGGUCAGCAGGGGCGGGGACGGCGGCGGCGGCAGUUGCGGUUGCGGCACUGUUGGCAUUGAUGCCACUGCUUGCACAGGCCAUUGCCAUAGAGAAAGUGAGGCAAUUGGCAGCUAAAAACAAUGUGACCUGCGUACUGGUCUUUGGGGACUCGAGUGUUGACCCUGGGAACAACAAUGUGCUUCAGACCACCUUUAAGGGCAACUUCCCUCCUUAUGGAAGAGACUUCUUCAAAGGCCGCCCAACCGGAAGGUUCUGCAAUGGCAGGCUUGCCACUGAUUUCAUUGCCGAGGCGCUUGGGUAUACCAAGGCAAUCCCAGCAUUUCUUGACCCGAAGCUGACCAAAUCAGAUCUGCUUUACGGGGUCAGUUUUGCAUCCGCUGCUUCCGGGUAUGACGAUCUCACUGCCAAUAUGUCGAGUGUGCUCUCGGUGUCGCAGCAGCUGGAGUAUUUUCUGCAUUACAAGAUCCACCUAAGGAAGUUAGUGGGCGUAAAGAAGGCAGAAGAAAUCAUCAACAAUGCUGUGUUCGUCAUGAGCAUGGGAACUAAUGACUUCCUCCAGAAUUUCUUCCUGGACCCAACUCGCCCCAGGCAGUACUCCUUGCGAGCCUACAUAAACUUCUUGAUCUCUUGCAUGUCUCGUGACGUUCAGGAAAUGCACAGAAUGGGGGCUAGGAGAGUGGUUGUUGUUGGAAUCCCGCCUUUGGGAUGCAUGCCGCUUGUCAAAACCCUAAAGGACACAACCACCUGCUACCAAGCCUUCAACAACUUAAGCUUCUCGUUCAAUUCUCUGAUCAGGAGAAAACUGCACUCUCUGGGGAAAAGCCUGGGACUGAAGACUGCCUUCGUGGACGUUUAUGCCAUCGUGCUCGAUGCUAUCAAACGCCCCCACAGAUACGGUUUGACGGAGACGAGCAAAGGGUGUUGCGGGACAGGAACGAUAGAGUACGGGGACACAUGCAGAGGGCUGACCACAUGUUCUGAGCCGGAGAAGUACGUCUUCUGGGACGCUGUUCAUCCUACUGAGAAGAUGUACAAGAUCGUUGCUCUUGAGGCCCUUGCAUUGAUCGGUGAAAACGUUCUUUCCUAGAACAGCUCUCCCAUGUCUUUUGUGAUUUUCGAUUUGCAUCUUUGAAUUUGUCUUCCUCCUAGGACGUGAUUCUACACUAGGUGGGCAUGUGAUUUCAGUGUUCUAGCCAGUAUGUUUGAUGUAUAUUAUCCCCACCGAAUAAUAUAUAUCGCCGGAAGUUCACUUCUAGGAUCGUAGGACGAUCAGUCGUUCCUCAAUGAUUCGGUUCAGUUGCCAAUGAGAAUAGUCUAUCUGUUCCCAACUUUUUA